UUGCGCAAUUCUAGUGCGCAGCUGAUCCUCCAGAAUGCAUGCGUGUCGCUUUGGCCUUGUCGACGUUGCCUAUUUGGUGACGUAAGGAGAUCCGGGUUGUUUGGAGCAAGAUGGCGGAAGUGGACGAGUUAAAUAAACCUCUGUUUGCAGGGUUAUCAGACGUGUCCAUAGCGGAUGAUAUCCCAGUGGAAGGAGAUAUCACUCUACCCAUGAGCUCUCCGAGCGCCAACGAUGAGAUCUCCACACUGGAUGAACCCGUGAAAGACACAAUCUUGAGGGAUUUGAAGGCAGUUGGUCAGAAGUUUGUGCAUGUGAUGUAUCCGAAGAAAAGCUCAGCCUUACUGCGAGACUGGGAUUUGUGGGGACCUUUGCUGCUGUGUGUUGCUCUGGCAUUGAUGCUGCAGGGUGGAUCUGCAGACAGUAAGGAUGACGGAGGUCCUCAGUUUGCUGAGGUCUUUGUUAUCGUCUGGUUUGGUUCAAUUAUCAUCACCGUCAACUCCAAACUACUGGGAGGAACCAUAUCUUUCUUCCAGAGUCUGUGUGUAUUAGGUUAUUGUAUCCUUCCCUUGACGGCAGCCAUGUUGGUUUGUCGUCUCGUCCUGCUCAGCUCCAACGGAUUGGUCAGCUUCAUUGUUCGGCUGGUGGUCGUCACCGCCUCCUUUGGCUGGUCAACAUUCGCCUCCACAGCGUUCCUUGCUGACAGCCAGCCACCUAAUCGGAAAGCUCUGGUCGUUUACCCGGUCUUCCUCUUCUACUUUGUGAUUAGUUGGAUGAUCCUGACCUUCUCUCCUUCAUCCUAACAUUUGCUCGCUCUCCACCAAUCAGCAGAGGGACUUAACUCGAAGCCCCUCCCUCCCUACCCUCACUGUCAUGUUGACCAGGAGGAUGGACCUGAUAUUCUGGGGGUGGGGUUUUCCUAAAAAAGGGAAAUGGCAUGUUGAUCUUUCCUUUUUUCUUUCAUUCUUAUGUAUGGACAGAUGGAGAGCUGGAGAAGAAAAAAGGGGAGAGAGAGAGAUGAAAACUAUUUUGUACUCCGUUAACACACUUCUACAUGUCUUUACACCUUCAUGUACAUCAGCAGAAUUGUGCGUGUGUGUGUGUGUGUGUGUGUGUGUGAGUCUGUGUGUGUAAACGAUGUUAAUGUGUCUGUCCUGAUUCAAUAAUCUUCACUUCUAAUAAAAAAAUAAUUAUUUCA